AUGUCCUUCAACACCAAUCAGGUGCAAAUCGUCAAGGCAAUUGUCAACGGCGGCAUGGAUAUGCAGGACAGGAUGGUGAAGAAAAUUUUUGAGAAUGUCGACGUCGAAAAAUGCUUGAAUGCAAGCUUGAAAACAGACAAUUUCAUUGUUCGAAACAUUAGUGAGACGCCGGCGAUGACGGACGCGGAAUUCUGCAAGGCUCUGCAUGAUAUCACACCCCUCGGCAGAAGAUUGAUAAACGAAGAAGGCGAUAGUAAAGCGAUGUCGGACUUUCCAUUAAAAUUUAAUCUGCUCGCGCCAUUGAAGGUCAAGGAGGACAAAGUCAACGGAGCAUUGAUCGUGGAUAUGGCGGCGAAACGCUGUCAGACAAAAAGACAAAACGAAGUUUUCGUGGAGAAUGCGAGUCCGCCGGACCCACCGCGAGUUCCCAAAGAGAAGCCGGAUGCAGCACCGUUGUCAUUGUUUCUGCCAACACCGCUUCUUAUUUGCAAAGAUGCGUCCGAUGCGAAUUCCACCCAACUGCGACAAAUCUGCCAAUUAUCUGACAUUGUUGUGGUUAGAGGUCUCGUUGACAGCCUUGGAAUAGAUAUGGCAAAAUUCUCGACAAAAGCUCUCUGUGAAAAAGGCAAGACUGAUAUCUUGGAAUCGCGUCUGCAAAAGCGCAUGCCGUCUCAUUUUAAUUUCAAUGACAAUGGCAAAAUUACUUGGACUUAUGAAAGCAUUCAAGAUGAAAAAGGAUACACACUAGAAGAAUACUUUAAUUAUCAGGAAAAAAUGCUUCGAAAGGCCAUAGAAGAAGAAUACGAAAGACACUGUGGAUCUGGUAGCCAGCACGCGCAAAAUUCAGCCGGCAGAGGAGGCGAAGUCAAACGAAUGAAAUUGAAUGACGACAAUGAUAAGAAUAGUGAGAGAAAUGAAAUUGAGGAGAUUCCUGAGGCUCAUGAAGGCGAUGAGAAUGAUCACAACGAGAAAAAGGCAUUCAUCAUUGCGGCGGACGAAAUCGUAUUCGGAACCAAUUUUGACCUAUCGGACUCAUCGAAGUGGGGAGAACAAUGCGAUGAGCUCAUGAAGUUACCGGCACUGUUUCGCCAUAAAUCCGAAGAGAAUUUCCUCGCUUUUCUGCGCCAUCAUAUUCUUGGAAUGAACCGCGUUCAGAUGUACAUCAAGAUCCCCGGAUCGCGUACGCCGGCGCAUCAGGAGAACAAUAAUAUGGCAUCGGUCAAUUUGAACGUCGGCCCCGGCGACUGCGAAUGGUUCGCUGUCCCUUACAAGUACUGGGGACCAAUUAUGAGAUUGUGCACCAAGAACAGAAUCAAUUUUCGCGAGGGAGCGUAUUGGCCGUGCCUUGAAGACUUGCAAAAUGCCAGAAUCCCAAUUUACCGAUUCACACAAAAGGCCGGAGAUCUCGUCUUCCUAAACGGUGGCUGCAUACAUUGGGUCCAGGCCACCGGCUGGUGCAACAACGUUAGCUGGAAUAUCGGCCCGAUGAAUAUUUUCCAGCUUCGCACGUCACUCAUCAGCUAUGAGUUUAAUAAAACAGUGAAUUUCCAAUCGCUUGUCCCAAUGCAAGCUUUAGCUUGGGAGCUAGCUGACAAGUUCGAAUUCUCGAAUCAUCAGCUGUUCGUCGAAGUUCGCUCCAUUCUCAUAAAAUCAUUGGCAUUUGCCAAGAUGACUCGGGAUUAUGCGGUUUCUCAUAAUAUCAAAAUCAAAAAAGAUGAUCGUCCAAGUGAUUGCUUCAGUGUUUGGUGCACGUAUUGCAAUCAGGAAUCAUUCAAUUUCUCGUUCAUCCCGAAAGCUUCAAAGGAGACCUCAACGGAAGCAUGCGUCUUUUGCGCAAAGAGUAAAGGAAUUGAGAAAUUUGUUCUGUACGAGCAACUUCGCAUCAAUGAUCUUAAGGGAAAAUUUGACGGCAUAAAAUUUACCUCCAACUAA